UGAUUUCGCUUCGUCUUUUUUUUUUUUUUUCUUCUUCUCAAGGACGAGAAAGGAGAAGAAACACCACAAGGGGUUGCGAAAGUGGCUGAGGUGCCGAGGGAGAACCAGCAGAGAGCAUGGAAGUCCGGGACACGUCGAGCAAUGCGUCCAAAAUGACGAUCAUGGGAAAGAUUUUCAAAGUUCGCAAGCGGAGGGAGAAGCUUUUCGCGCAGGUGUGCUUCGUCUGCAGCGUCCUCUUCGUGGCGUGGACUAUGUCGGUGGUUCUGAGCAAGACAGGUCACAGCAUGGUGAUGGUGGAGGACGGGGACCAGGGCCUGGAGCACUGGGGCAGACGGCUCAUGGCCUCUGAGCUGGACAACAACACCGUGCCCAAGAACUGCUCCCAACCAGCCGUUCACGAGUUCCCGGAGGAUUUCUUCAGCAACGACGAGAGGAAGAACGGAGCUGUCCUGCUGCACAUUGUGGCUACUCUGUACAUGUUCCUGGCUCUGGCGAUCACCUGUGACGAGUACUUUGUGACGUCUCUGGAGAAGAUCUGUGAGAAACUGGACCUGAGUGAGGACGUAGCAGGAGCCACGUUCAUGGCGGCGGGCAGCUCUGCUCCCGAGCUCUUCGCAUCAGUCAUCGGCGUCUUCAUCACCCAUGGCGACGUGGGCGUGGGGACCAUCGUGGGCUCGGCCGUCUUCAACAUCCUCUGCAUCAUCGGCGUGUGCGGGAUCUUCGCCGGACAGGUGGUGAUGCUGACCUUCUGGGCCGUGUUCAGGGACUCGUUCUACUACAUCCUGUCCGUCAUUGCUCUGAUCGCAUUCAUCUAUGACGAGAAGAUUGUCUGGUGGGAGAGCGUGGUGCUGGUCGUCAUGUACGCAGGAUACAUCUUGGUCAUGAAGUUCAACUCGAGCAUGCAGAGGUGCUUCACGGGGAAGUCCAAGAAGAACGUCGCCAACGGCAACGCGGCGGUGACCAGCAGUGAAAUGGAAGAUGUGAAGCCCAGUAAGGAGUACAGCCGCGGGUCGGUGGUGAUGGUGGACGAGAUCAUCAACGCCAGCCCGUCCAAGUUCCGCUUCCCCGAGGCCGGCCUGCGGGUCAUGGUCACCAGCCACUUCGGACCCAAGACCCGACUCAGGAUGGCCAGUCGCCUCAUCAUCACAGAGCGCCAGAAGUUGGUGCAGACGGCGAACGGCGUGGAGACACAAGUGGUGGACGGGAAGGUGGACCUGGAGAACGGGACGGUCCCCGAGGACAAGAAGCCCGAGUCUGAGGAAAGCGACACCAUCUCCCCCUUCCACAUACCCAGAGGUUGUGGCAGUAAAAUCAAAUGGCUGAUCUCCUGGCCCCUGCUCCUGCUGCUGUUCUUCACCGUGCCCAACUGUGCUAAACCGCGCUGGGAGAAGUUCUUCAUGCUCUCCUUCAUCCUGUCCACGCUCUGGAUCGCCAUCUUCUCCUACGUCAUGGUCUGGAUGGUGACUAUUAUCGGCUACACACUGGGAAUCCCGGACGUCAUCAUGGGCAUCACGUUCCUGGCGGCGGGCACCAGCGUUCCAGACUGCAUCGCCAGCCUCAUCGUGGCGCGUCAAGGUCUGGGGGACAUGGCGGUCUCCAACACCAUCGGCAGUAACGUGUUUGACAUCCUGGUGGGUCUGGGGGUGCCCUGGUUUCUGCAGACGGUCUGCAUCAGUUAUGGCUCAGAGGUCAUGAUCAACAGCCGUGGGCUGGUUUACUCUGUGGUGCUGCUGCUGGGUUCUGUGGCUCUGACAGUUUUGGGGAUCCACCUGAACAAAUGGCGUCUGGACUUCAAACUGGGCGUGUACGUGCUCAUCCUGUACGCCAUCUUCCUCUGCUUCUCCAUCCUCAUCGAGUUCAACGUCUUCACCUUCGUCAACUUGCCCAUGUGCACGGAGGCCUGACCGCGAGCCCCGCCCACCCCACGCCAAUGGCAGAUUUCUUAGUUCAGUAAUAACGGACCUAUCAGCGAACUGAUUCCUUCCUUCCUUCUUCCUUCCUUCUGCACUUUUUUGUGAUCUAAAAUUCCAAAAUUUUGUUCCAGAAUUUUCUGUUUACUCAUUCCAAUUUCAGGUUUUUCCACAACGAUGUUAAUUCCGUUGUUUUUGGCUGCUAACUUCCACCCGGCUAGCAUGCCUUUAGAUAUCGGGGACUUCGGAAUCGGAAUUUCGCAAGCGCCCCCGUCGCUAUUCGACGUUGUAAUUAUUUUUCCAUGUUUAUCCCAAAGCCAGAUCUUGAACCAAAACUUUCACCGUCCUUUUCAACCAAAACAUCCCGCCAACUCCCGAGUAUUCCUACGUGAAAUGCCAAAACCCUUCGUCUGUCAACAUUCGUGCCGUGCUGUCGAAAGAGGGCGGGGCCUUGUCCCGCGAAGUGGGCGUGUCCUCGAGAGGGCGUGACUCUGGAAGCUCCUCCCCCUUCCGUUUUUUGGACCUGUCUCUGCAUGGCCUCUUUCUGUCUCCGCUUUACGAUACCCACUCUCUGAAUUUCCGUUUUUUUUUUUUUUCUUCCCCAUCUUGUACCGCAAUGUCAACGUUCCUACUGACUGUAAUGGUGUUAUGCAUAUGCAGCACUGCACAAUGUAAACUUGUAUUUAUGUUAAUUAUUUUGUAUUUAUUGUUUUUCAAGAUCAAGAUUUUGUGUCUGAAUUUACCGAGGAGAGUUGCAAAUAAUAUAGGACAUUGCCUGUUUUUUUUUCACUGAUACAAAUUGCACAUAACUGCUUUUCUCGCUUCGUGCUGUAAGGAGAUUUGACCACUAGGUGGAGCUGGCACUGGACGCUCCACUACAUUGUAUUUUCACACAGCCGUGAUGGUUACUCAACUUGAGCCCUACUACUACUACUACUACUACAACUACGACUACUACUUCUACUACUACUACUACUACUCCUCCGCACAACUUCAACUGAUCUAAAAACUGCAUUCAGGAACACAAAAAUGCAAGCGAUACGACUCAACACUUCCACCCUUUGGUCAACAGGGGGUGCCAUCACAGCCUGUCGGUUAUCAGGGAAAAAUCUCUCCAGGAGGUGGCGCCGGUGGUCUGUCCAUGUAGAUAUUGCACUUUAAAACAGCCGUCCUCUCAUCCGAAUCAGAUAGUGCUUCCUUCUCCGUGAGUGCGUAAAUCGACGUGUUUUCGUGCGUGUGCGUGUGGGACAUUUUAGGCGCGCUUGGUUUCCUCCCUUUUCCCCCGGAAACGACUCCGACUCCGAAAACAUCACGAGUGCACACUUUCCCCCCGCCCCCCCCCACUCUCCCUGUGUCUGCAGUGCAUGCGGGUACUUUAACGAAAUGAAACAAAAAAAAAAAUGACACAAAGCUCUUUUUUCGAAACAGCACAGAGAACAACUUUGAGGAAAAAAAAAAAAAAACACACAUACGGAACGCCAACGCCAACUUUUGAUCUUUAAAAAAAUAUCGGCAGCUACGUGCUACAUUGCUAACGCGGACUCUUUUUCGACAACGUGCAAAAACGCCUGUAAGGAGUCCACAAGCGAACGGCAGAGAGACUAAAUCGUAAAAAAUAUGGGGUGUGUUCUAAGUGUUUAAAUUUGUACCUGUUUGGCGUUGCUGGCAGGAAUCUUGUAUAUGCAAUUUCUAUGUAAAGAAUCGACGCAACAGAUCGUUCGCUGGGAGGUUGCCAUAUCGAAACUGGAGUGACGUGAGUUUGUUUAGUGACGUGUGAGCUCACAAGUGUGUAAUUUUGAUUUUGAUGUGUUCGUAUUUCGGGUUUUUUUUUGCAGAAGACCCAAAAGCGGACAUUUUUUGACCCGAAUUCCAAUUUUUCGACCCCCAACCCCGCAACCAACCAACCAACCAACCGCACCUGCUGUUUCGUGUACAAGGGCAUUAAAAACGAAUCGCAAGCCUAGCUAAAGAGGCGGAAAGAUGCAUGACGGAAUCAAAGACUUUAGCGGACUUGGGGAAAAUCUUAACGUUCGUUUGUAGGAGUUGGAGAGACACGUAGAGCAACCGGACCUAUUUUUUUUUUCCUUUGGGACUUUUGGCUUUAUCUGCGAAUGUUUCAAAAAAAAAGUGUUAUAUUUUUGUGUAUAUUGAUGCAAGAAUCAUUUUUGUCCAUUUUGUUUGUUACGAGUCACUUUUGGAGGUAAAAAUAUUGACUACUUUGCCAUAUUACUUGUUGAAAUCGGACUCGUAUGGCGAUCUAUGUACAGAGUUAAAUGCACACUACAGGUUGGGACAGAAUUUCGGUGGAAUUCGAGGGGGGAAUUUUGAGAUUUGAUUUCAGAAACGCGACCCGAUGCACUGUGAGCUCAAUGUGACGUGGAAGUUGUUUGUGGAGAAUAAUAAUAAUGAGUAAAUAAUUAUAAAAUAUAUUUAAUGUAAAGUUAGUUACUAUAAAAAAAUAUUAUGAGGACAUCUGUAUAACUUAUAUGAAUGUAUUGUCUUGCUAUACCGGACAUAUCCAACCAAUGCAUUUUACUGUAAAGCAAUAAUGUGAAGAAAAAAAUUAA